AAGGCACUAGUGCGCAUGUGCAUUGAAAAUUUCAUCGAUCCAAAGAUGGCGGGAAGUAGAUCAGUGUCCUGGUGGACGUGCUUCUAUUUUCCUUAAUGUGUUGCCUAAACAUCGCAAGUAACAGUAACGAAACAUCCCUUCAUGCAUUCCAGGAUCUUGUGUAAGUAAUGGCCUCUGAGGACGGUUCACCAAAGGUAUCGCCCAUUUCCUCACCGCUUCUGACUUCAUCUUCACUGGAAAAUGAGGAGCAAAAGUGUCCAAUCUGUGAAGAGAAGUUGAAGAAGCCUAAAGUACUGACAUGUCUACACGUCUUUUGUGAGGCAUGUCUCGAGAAACAGAUAGAAGAGGACAAGGAUGAGGAUGAGGACGAUGGGAAGGAUUCGGCCGUCUUUGUGACGCCGUCGUGUCCGAGUAUAAUAUGUACCCAAUGCAAGCAGGAGACAAUCAUCCCCUCCAAGGGGGCCAAUGGCCUGCCCACAGAGCAUAUCUUGUCCGACAUGCUGGACAUGACCGACAUGGGAGACAUGCAGUUGGUGUGUACCAGCUGCAAAGCCAAAGAGAAGGCCGUGGCCAGGUGCAGUGAUUGUGCCAGCUUCCUGUGUCCCAUAUGUGUCACUGCACAUCAGUUUAUGCGAUGUUUUGAAAAUCACAAGGUGGUGUCUUUCGAGGAACUACAGAAUGGAGGCGGCUUAACAAUCCACAAACCGAUUUUCUGUCCAGUCCACACAAGUGAAAACCUGAAAUACUACUGCAAUACUUGCCAGGUGCCGAUCUGUAAUGAUUGUAUGCUGAGCGAGCACCGUCAGCCAGAACACAGCCACGAGAAAAUCUCUGACAUUGAAGAGCAGCAGAAGGAAGACCUCAAGUCGCUGGUGACGGAGAGCAAGAGCAAGGUGUCCAUUUGUCAAGAGGCUACCUCCAACCUGGAGAACGCUCUGUCAGAGUUGCAGAUACAGCGGGACAACGCCAAGGGCCUCAUCCAAGAAACAUUCCAGAGCUGCAAGGCUGUACUAGAGAAGAGGAAAGAUGAUCUACUGAAGGAACUGGAAGAAAUGCACUCCUCACAGGAACUGGGUAUCAUGGAGAUGUUUCACAUCGUGGGCAGCACAGUGGAGAAGAUAGAGGAUGCCUGCAAGUUCACAGAGCGCGUGCUGGAACACGGGAACAGUGUUCAGAUGCUCCUGGUGAAGCAACUCAUCACCAGCCAGCUGAUGUCCCUCAUCAACAACACCCCCAAGCUGGACGUCUCAGUGGAUAUCAAGUUCAAUGCGAACACUGAUGUCUUCAAGGAAGCUGCCAAGAAAACCUUUGGAUCUUUUGCCAAGGAAGAGAUGAAGAUUGACACUCAGCUGUCAUCACUGCACUCAUCAUUCGACAAUGAUGCCUUUUCCCUGCCCCAUGGGGUUUUGAGCCCAACCAGCUCCAUGAUGGCUACCCGAUCAAGCAUCUCGGACUUCAUGCCAUCACUGCGAUGUAUCACCCCUGUCUCAAUCAACGGUAGCGUUGUUGACUCCCUGCACAACAUGGUGUCUGUGCCGCCUCCUAUUGGGCGGUGCAUCUCCGGUGUUGGGCACCCCUCGAGUCAAGAUAGCAGUCUAUCACGCAACUCCCACAGCCCUGCAAUGUCUGACAGUGGGAUAUCCGUGGACGCAGCCAGCACUGGUAGCAGUCAGAGUGCCACCAUGAUCAACAUUGCAGCCAUGGCUAAACUGGGGUCUGUUGGAUUCAACAAUCAAGGUCAGGUGACUCUAAAUGGUCAGGUGAUAUCGGGAAUGAACAUCAACAACCCCUCCACUGGGUCAGGGGGAGGUAACUCUAACCCGAGCAGUCGCACUCAGACCCCCCUCUCUCAGCCAGACACGUCCCUUAACAUUCUCACCAGUGCACCUCAGCGGUCACCCAACUCCUCCAACCUUGAUACACUGGCCAAUCUGUUCAGUCAGUCGUCUCAGCAGAUGAAUGGUGUCAGCAACGCACUUGGUAAUCUCAGCAAUCUGACCAACCUGGCCAACCUGGACACCAUGGGACUCGGGAACAUGGGCAACUUGAUGAACUCUCCGGACGAUACAGACAUCACCACUUUCGACCCAUCUGUGGCAGGUGGCAGCAGUCAGUUCCCACCUAUGCGACGUGUCAACAAGAUGAGCGCAAUGCAGAUCAGAUGCAAGUUUGGUCAGUUGGGUCCAGGCAAGGGUCAGUUCAACUCUCCCCAUGGCUUUUGCCUGGGUAUUGAUGAGGACAUCAUUGUGGCCGACACGAACAACCAUCGGAUUCAGGUGUUCGAAAAAACUGGAGAGUUCAAGUACCAGUUCGGCAUACCAGGUCGAGAGGAGGGACAGCUAUGGUACCCACGGAAGGUUGCAGUGAUGAGGACGUCGGGGAAGUAUGUUGUGUGUGACCGUGGUAAUGAGCGCUCCCGCAUGCAGAUCUUCACCAAGAAUGGACAUUUUGUCAAGAAGAUAGCUAUCCGCUACAUCGACAUCGUGGCUGGACUGGCCAUCACACAGCAGGGUCACAUUGUGGCGGUUGACAGUGUUUCACCUACAGUUUUCUGUAUUGGUGAAUCUGGAGAUCUGAUCAAGUGGUUUGACUGUAGUGACUACAUGCGGGAGCCAUCAGACAUUGCUAUCAGCGGGAAGGAGUACUUCGUCUGUGACUUCAAGGGCCACUGUGUGGUAGUGUUCAACGAGGACGGACAGUUCAUGAGACGCAUUGGUUGUGAGAACAUCACCAACUACCCCAAUGGCAUCGACAUCAGCGACGCAGGAGACGUCCUUGUAGGUGACAGCCACGGCAACCGCUUCCACGUUGCAGUGUUCCAGCGGGAUGGUUCUUUGAUCGGAGAGUUCCAGUGUCCCUAUGUGAAAGUGUCGCGCUGCUGCGGGCUGAAGAUCACCUCCGAGGGUUACAUUGUCACACUUGCCAAGAAUAACCACCAUGUUCUGGUGUUAAACACUUUAUAUAUCACUUAACUCAUGUGCCAAUAUUCCUCAGUGUAACUGGGGGGAUUUACUAUUGGAUUCCUUUAGUUAUAUUAUUAUAUUACUAUUAUGUUUACUGUUUAUCCUUAUAUUAUUAUAUUACAUUUAUUUAGGUCCACAAUUAAUACUGAAUACAGGAUAAUGAUUCCUUGAGGUUACUAACCUCUGUUGGCAAGAUAUAUAGUUUUUUAAGCACAGAUUUAUAUAACUAUAUCCAAUAGUCAGAUUGUUAACAUUUUGUCACGUUUUAUGAACAGAUUGGGUGUCCAGGGACAGUCGGUCUCCUAGCAGUAGAUAAAGUAACCAUAUUUGGGCUCUAAUUGCCAAUCAACCUUAUGCAACAUGCUUUAUUUCUAGUCACAUAUACUCAGUCCUAACAUGACCAUUAUUUUUUGCUGUGCCUUAAGGGAUUAUUGUUUUUUUUCUGUGUUCAUAGUAUAAAGCUUUACAAGAGAUCAUAUUAUAUUUUCAUUGGUGAUGUUGACCAAAUUAUCACUUUUGUGUUGUAAAUUUAUUCACCUUUUUUGAAGUUAUUUGCAUAUACUAUAGAGAAGCCAAGAUUGCUCAUGCAAAAUGUUUGUAUAUCUAAAAGACCAUUCAUAGUUUUACCCACCAUACUUAUUUAGUGUAUGCAUCUAAUCAAAAUAUUGUUGUUUACUACUGUGUUAAUUUCAUAUUGGUUUAUGCCAUUUCCUAAUCUUAGGGCCAUUUCAUGGAAGAGUUAAAUGUGAAUAUUUAGUUUUUCAAAGGUAUUCCAGAAGAUAUAUUUUAUCCAGUAAAUUUUUGGACUGCAGUUUAAUGAUUGAAGAGGUGUUGCUCCCUUUUGAGCUCACCCUCUUCUGUGCAUUGUUUAGUCGUCUCCAAGUGUUGACGUUUCGGAACAUUUCACUCCAGACAAUCUAGUUUUAGUGGUCAUCACAACGAGCUUUUCAUUCAUUUAGAUGGUGUUCAUGUUCUUUCAAUUCCAGUUUUGAAUUUAACUCAUAAUACUGUAAAAAAAAAAAAUGUUAACUUUUUGAGAUACUGUUUUAUUAUUGUCAACUCCUUUAAGAUUUUUGAACUGUUUGCAUUUAGAGUUUUGAAGAUUAAUUUUCAAGUUUACCAAGUUUACUUUUGAAAAAAAGAGGAGGAUUUCGCAUCCGUGCAAAGACUGAUAUUUCCAUCUUGGUCUGGGUUCAAUGAAGGGUAAUGGGAGAAGAGUUGACAUGUUUUAAUAACAAUAGAUCAAGAAGUGUUUGUUAUGGCCAUCGCUGUGGCAGAGGAUGAGGAGAAAUGUAACCAAUCGUAGAUGGCUAACGUUUUGAGUGCAUGUUUUGAGACCAGACUGUUUUUAUUAUUAAUAUCAGGGGAGGCAGCGAGGCGGCCUCCUCCCUCCCUCCCUCCUCCCCCCCCAACUUCACAGGUACUCUGUGUCGGAGCUAGACAGGGACAUUGUUAUACAUAUACACAUUAUAUAUAUACAUAUACAUAUUAAUUUUUGGUGCUCUAACUGUACAGCUCUAUUCAGGCUUUUAGUUUAUUACAUUAUAGUUUUAUUUCGUGUAGUAACAGUGUGGUCGAUAGAUGUCACACUUAUACAUGCGGAUUAUUAAGUUGAAAAACUUACCAUUCUUAUUAUCGGAGAGAGAAGAGAGAGACAGAAUUUAGUCAAAUAGCACUAAUCACUCCUACCUUGCCUGCCCAGUAUUUAGUGACCACGCAACGCUGACUGCUGUAGUGAGAGGAGAGUCAGCAGGUUGACGUGUCUACGAUUAGGCGUUUUUCUUUUAUUUGGUAUUAUUCUGUAUUAUUUUUGAAAUACUUUUCUAUUAAUUACACUUUUCAUAUACAAUUAUAUAUUUAAUUGAUGUUUUGCAAUGUUAUUUUUCCUAAUAUUCAGCUGAUAUUUUUUGAUCAUCUCCCUUUCUGUUGAUUUUGUCAAAGCAAUGCCCAUUGGAAAGAGCUGCCAUCUGACCACCGUGAAAAGACGACGGAAUUCCAGGAUUCACAUUGGGCCGGCCACCUCUUGAAAUAACACUUUACACUGUUGCAGGAGAAUUGCAGUUGGUACUACUUGAUUUUAACAGUUAUUCAUGUUUGGGUUGAUCGUUCCAGUUAACUCAGUGUUUACUUACAGUUUUGCAUUGAAAAAUGAUUUGUUUAUCAAUUGAAGCAUGUGCUUUUUAUUUUUUGCCAUUCCCUAGUUUAUGUUAAUUUUUGAGAAAAUCACAUUGCAAUGAUAUACAAUGAUACACAGGUAAAAUCAUUGUAUUAGUUAUUGUACACUGAUUUUACUGUGUGCCAACUCCUCCGAGGCUUCUGUCUGUGCCCCAUGACAGGUGUGUUGUUGUUUUGAGUCGUCAAAGUCGUCUUUUAGGGGAAUCGGGACGGGAGGGUCAGGGAAUCAGCAUUUCAACUGAUACUUAUUUACUCAUAUCUUGCUUUUUACAAACCGUGCCAUAUUUUAAUGGCGGUCCUUGAUCAAAUGUGUGUUGACCGUGAUCUCUAUUUUCCCUACUAUCAGUAUUUACUGUUUACAAUACCCAGUGUUGCUCAUUCUUCUCUUAUUGACAUAUAUUUAUGUUAUUCAGCCUUCUAUCAGAAGCAGACAUUCAGAAAUAAACCCUUGAAAAAGUAUACAUUGCCAAAAACUUUCCUAUGCAGAGAAUUGUUUUAUAAGUCCCUGACACAGUUCAGAGUUUUUCAAGUUUUUGAAAAUACUAUUGUUUUAUGUACUGUCGUCUGCAUGAAGAUGGUGAAAGGAGAAUUCCUCAUGUCUUCUUAUGAGAAGCACAAUGUAGUUUCUGAAGAAAUAAUCUGGAUAUUUACAUCCAAAAGAGUUGUGAUCUACAUAAUUGUUUUCAAUAAGUGCCAAAAUAAUAUUCUUUACUUUUUUCAUAGCAAACAUAUCAGUCAAGCUGUCCCUUUUCAUAAUAAUUGUCCUAAUUGACAUCGGCAUAACACCUGUUGACAACAUGUACAAUAGGCAAUAUGCAAUAGAAAAUCAAAUUAGAAGUAGUUUUUGCCUCAGGUUAACAUAAUCAUACACUCAAGAUCGCGGACAUGUUUUUCCACAAAUACUGGCGAAAUCAUUACUAAAAGAAAGGUUGCAAAUUUCCUAUUGCAUUUUAUGCUAUUUCAGGGGAGCAGAAUUCGUGAAGGGGUGUUUCCAAAGAAAUGUUUACACAAAAAUCAUAUUCUGUUUAUUGAUGUUGUAUGUCACAUUUUAUGUUGAAAUUUGAAAAAAUGUGUAUAUUUUGCAAAGAUCAUGACAAGUUUUUGCGUAUGUUCAUCUGAACAUGUCAGUUUAGGCAUGGUACUUUGCAAAGGCAAUAUUUGAGCAUUGCCACAAUAGACAAGAAAUUUGCAGUAAUUUACAUUCACAGUAAAUUAUUUGAAGAAAAAAUAGCAUUAGUGCUGUAUGAAGUUUGUUUCACAAAUAACAUGACUGCCCAACCAGACUGCUAAUUUAGACAUAAAGAUGUAUUCCCGAAAGCCAACAAGGAAUGCUUUAGUUUGGGUUCUCUGUGGUGGUGUCUUUGGAUAGGAGAACCAGUCCAACGUGCUGGUACAUAUUCUCAUUUUGCUGCUGAAAAAAUGAAAUCUUACCUGGAUCUGUGAUGUGGUUUUGACAAUGUUAUAUUAUACAACAGGAUAGCAAUAAACCUACCCUCAGAAUUCAGUCGAGAAUUUUCACAUCACCGAUUUUAAGAUACAUGAUUUUAACGGGAACUUGGCCUUUUGCAUCUUUUUGAGUUGUUUUAUUCACAGCACAUAUCUUCUAUAUUAUAUAUGUUUAUGUAUAAGAAACAGAAGAGAGAGAUGAAAGUGAUGUGAAAAUUCUGAUUGUGAAAGGGAUCAUUUUUCAAUGAUGGCUAAGGCUAUUUAUCCAAUAGGUGCCUUGAUAAAACCCAAAUUGAUUGGUAUCCCUUUGUGUUUUUCCUUGUUUUAUAUAAAUUUACACUGACCGUGAUGUACUGGUUUGCUCAAUUGUCUGUUUGGAUUUGUUUUCCUAAAGUUUAUGUAUUUAGGACAGUUCUAAAGUAAAGCAUUGAAGUUGUCAUGUUCUGGAUACUGGCCUUAGAAAACACGUUUCAAUCAAUUGAUGUCUUUGAGGAGUUCUAUCAAGGAAGUCAUGCUCCGUCUUGUCGAUUUGAAUUAAAUGUGUCGAUGGUUGAUAGGCGUCGACAUGUGUCAAAUUAAAUAUUCGGUUUCUGGAUUGUUCCUUUGCUGGCUCCCUUGACGAAGUAACCACAGGUGAAAAGGUUACAGAUGAUUGUCUAACACAGUUGAGAGAUUCUGUUCCAAGCUUGAAACAUGGUUGGUUGUUUGAGUUCUUGGGUAGACAUUGGUCUUCAGUGUUUACAUGCUUUACACUUUGCAAUAUUUUAUUUUGUCCAUGAUCUUGCAUACCUUCAUUCCAUAGUCAAAUCGAGAAAACUGUACAAAAGAUUUUGAAUUCUUGUAAGCUUAAGAUUUUAUGGUUACAAGUACGGUAAGGUUAUGAGAAAUCCACUAGUUCAGGGCAAUUGUAUUCCAAAGAGUUUUCAAAGAUGAUUUCGGCCAUGUCUUGGAAGAGGUUUGAUAUAGAAUGUAACCAUGUCCUUGUAUUUUCUCUCAUAUGCUGAGCCCUCCCUGUCCACUCAUUGAUGCCAAGUUAGUCUUGCUUUCUGGUCCAUUAUUUGGCAGUUUCACUUCGGUCUGUCAACAAGUGCCCGUCUCCCCAAGGAAUCUGGCACCCCCCCUACCCAUCUCCUUCUCUAUCCCUGUCUAUUCUGUGUCUGACCCACCUAACGAUGUAUAAAGUACUUAACGCAUUCCCAUAUAGCCCAGACGUGUUAAAUAUAUGUAUAUGUUGUAUUUUUGUACAUUAGUGCUACCAGAAAUUGUUAUUUGUGCUGUUGUACAGUGUCAUUUAGUUUAUAGUGCAGUGUGGAAAAUGCAAGUACUGGUCCAGCAAGUAUAGUUGGAGAUAUUUGUGACCUUGCUAGCUUUUGCUAGUUGGUCUUAUGAAAGUUCAUGAAACAGGUGCCCUUUUGGGUGGAAUGUACUUGACUGGACUGAUACAGUGGUGGUUGUCGUUCCUUCCAAUAUCUAGUGCUAUGGUGUAAUAUGUGGAGAUUCAUUUAGUCAGGAGAUGUAGGAUAGAAAAUUUAGUUUUGAAAGGUUUUUACCCUCAGUGCAUAAUUAACAAGGUAUUGCGUACAACCUCUUUGAGUUCCUUUUAUCAAACCUUUUACACAGACCCCGUCUGAUUUGCCAAAUUUAAACUUUUUACUUUGUCUUGAGAUUUGAAAUUUAGAAUGAGUUUUAUUUAUAUUCCAGUUGCAUAUAUUUAUUUCUACAGCUAAUCGUUAUUUAAUAAUGGCAUCGUUUUUAUUCAAAUGCGAACAAUACCAAAUUUUAUAUGUCACCUAAUCCCCUUUUCUAAAUAUCGGACUUUAUAUUUUAUUAUAUGCAUUAUAUUCCUCCUGCAUGUGCAAACGAGCAGUUUGUGCAGUCAGGAGAACAGGGUAGAGAAGGGGGUUUGGGCUAGGGUGGGUGGUGGUGGUGGUGUGUUGGGGGCACAGCUAAUGACAGACUGUUGGCAUCCUUCUCAGCAUUACUCUUCCAGCCCUGUCAUGGGUGUCCAGUAAAGCCUCGGAGAAAUUGGUGGCAAUAUACACAAGUAUUCAUAUACAUAUAUUACUAUUUUUGGAGGAGUCAUCUGCGAUUUCUUAUAUGUUUAUGUGAAGGAAAUUGUAUGCAAAGUGGAAUAAAGGUGUUCUUUCAUUCAA